GUCGGGCAGGACGGUAUUACGUGUGGAUACUUACCCUCACGUACCUACCUUUAGGCGAGGUACCUCGUUAGUAUUACCGGGCGGCAACCGCCCCCCACCGCACCUACACCAUGCCACCGCCUCGUCACACCUCUCCCUCUUCCUCGUCUUCCUCCGCCCCGCAUCCGUCACAUCACCGCGGCCGACCUCAGCAUCCCACUUCGUCAGCUUCACCACGAUCUGCCGCCACAGGCCCACCCCAAGCACCGCGUGCGUAGCCCUCUAUCGCGGACGAUUGCCGUGCUGUCCGCGUAGCAGAAGCAUCGUUUCCGUCCUCCCAGACCCGGCUAACUGAGCAUUCCAGCUGUGUCGCUUCGCCCAGGUCGUGGGGCCAAAGCUAACCGUCGCUCGUGGCUGUCACGACUCUGUGCCAGGCUCAACCGCCUCAAGCUCUCCUGCUUGACGCCAACACCCCUCUCUGCCCCCCCGCAGGCGUCCUCCUCCUCAUUGCCUGGCCCUUUCUCGCCUACCACCGCUUCGUCACCGCAUCGCGUCGCUUUGCGUACAUCGGCCCGACGUACUCACGUCGCAGCCCCACCACUCCUGCUCCCGUCACCGCACCCGCGGGACGGCGUGCUGGCCUCGUUUAGCACGUCCGAUAUUGGCGAUUCAUUGGUAGCAGCGAAGCCGACCACCCUCUUUGAUCUCUACGCAGCAGCCCGCUGUCUCAUUUCUAUUAGGAUGGAUUUGGAACUUGACCCCAAUCACAGGAUGGCGGGCCGAAUGAAAGCUGGAGACGAGCGUGGUGCUGGUCGUCACGGCGAACCCAUGAGCUCCGUCGCAGGGCCGUCUCGUGGCGGCGAGCAAGGGACGACCAAUUCUUUCGUUAAGUUGACCCCGGUACAGGAAGAUGCCUCGACGCCCGCGGUCGCUCGCUCGUUAUCUUACACUCGGCCGGUUACUCGGUCUAUGGGCGAACCGCUCUUUGGUCCCCUACGACCUGCUUCUAGAAAGGUCACCUUGUUCCGUCGCAAGCUUUCUCGCGCUUCCAACCGGAAAAGUGCCCCACCCGGUGCUUCUUCUAACCUUGAAGACGCCAAAAACAUUGUUUACGACGGUGAAGAGCCCAACGCCGACGUGGGCCCGGAUCGGGGCCAUGACGGCCACGCUGGCGUCGAGUUCGGGGAGGCUCUGGAAUCUCCACCGCUGCGGAAGCCCAAGGGACGUCGUUUUUCCUCGAGCCAACUCCAGGCCCCGACGCGACGAUCGGCCCGCAUAAAUGGACUGCAGCUUCAGUCUCGAGACACGACACCCUCCAUGUCUUGGGCUCGACAGAUAAGCCGCGCGGAAACGGCACCGGUAGCCUUAGAGCCUAGCGGCCUCGGCCGACCAAUCCGCCGUUCCGCCCGUGACUCGAAGCCCUUGCUGGAAUUCCACAAGUAUUCGGAGCUACCGCCAGAGCUCAAGAUUAUGGUGUGGGAGGCCGCGAUCGAGCCUCGCGCUGUAUACGUCCGCAACCGUUCUGCGGCACCCCACCUCUUGACACCGGCCGACAUUCAAAUACGGGUCCCGACCUGGUUCAUGGCCUGCCAGCUGUCAGCGUGGGUGGCGAGACGCAACUAUCAGAUGUUGUUCAGUCCUCGCGCGCCUUCGAUCCCACUUGCUCUACUACCUCACCAAAACAUCAAUCCCGAUGUCGACAUCGUAGUGUUCGAGCCGUGCAGCAGCGGUUGCCGAGGAUGUUACUGCGCGUGCCACCAGUAUACCGACGAAUCUCGUCACGCCGUUCGUUUCCUAGCCGUGCAGACCGAGCCCCCCAACCUCGCCCACAGUGCCUUGCCGUGCUGGCUGACCCUUUCCCUAUCGUGGCCCAACGUGGAGACGCUGUAUCUCAUGAGACAGGCAGUCAAGGGCGUCGACAAGACGGACAAGGCGAUUGUCCGCGUCAAGGCGAACAGCCAUGAGGAGGAGCUUUUAAAGCUGUUCAGCGAGUGGAAGGAGGAUAUUGGAGCUCACGUGAAGUUGACAAAUAUCGAAUUUGUGGUGGUGGUAGAGAAGGAGACGGGCGGAGAUGCGAAGGAUAGAUACAAGUGGGUCCCUGAUCGCGCGACUGGUCAGCUCCAGGAUGUCAUUCUCGGUUGAAAUCAGGAAGAGGAGGAGGGGAAGGGGGCUCAUAUUGCGUUGGUUCGGGAGGUAGAGUGCAACGUUAGUCUAGAAAGAUACCCAGGAUCGCGGCCGGAGACUCUCGCUAGGAUGGGGGAUCUCGGCUGACAUGAGGCCAGCCCGACGGGUCUUUGUGGUCCGGGGUUCCGUACGAGGGCCUCACAGUGUUGUUUAGACUCUCUUCAAGCUGCACGGGUGCCAGCUGUGGUAAGUAAUACCAGGGAAUUGAAACUGAUCGAGUAUUACGACUGGGG